UUUGUUCUGAAUUAGGUAAUCGCCAUGGAUGUCGCCUUGAAGCUUAACUUUGGUGUCUUUCUUUUACAUAUUCUCUUCUUGCCUUCUUCCAUUCCAUGCGAUCUUUUAAAUUUCAGACAGAGCAAUGAUAAUUUGUCUGUGUUUCCUACAAAUUUUCUCUUUGGAACAGCCUCUUCUGCAUAUCAGUAUGAGGGUGCUUACUUGAGUGAUGGUAAAAGUUUGAACAAUUGGGAUGUUUAUUCUCAUAAACCAGGAAAUACAAUUAUUGAUGGAAGCAAUGCAGACAUAGCUGUGAACCAUUAUCAUCAGUAUCAGGAAGAUAUCGAGCUGAUGCAUUCGCUUGGUGUCAAUAGCUACCGGUUCUCUAUUUCUUGGGCCAGAAUUUUACCUAAAGGGAGAUUCGGGAAGAUCAAUGAAGCUGGUAUCGGGUUCUACGACAACCUUAUCGAUGCUCUCCUAGUUAAAGGCAUUCAACCGUUUGUAACAUUGACACACAUCGAUCUUCCUCAAGAACUUGAGGACAGAUAUGGAAGUUGGCUGUCUCCUCAAUCACAGGAGGAUUUUGCAUAUUUUGCUGAUAUCUGCUUUAAGUCCUUUGGAGACAGGGUGAAGUACUGGAUCACCUUCAACGAACCUGAUUACCAAGUCAUGUAUGGGUACCGUACCGGUGAAUUCCCACCUUUGCGCUGCUCCUGGCCAUACGGAAAUUGUACCGAUGGUGAUUCGGAGAAGGAGCCGUUUAUAGCAGCCCACAAUAUCAUCCUAGCACAUCUAGCCGCUGUUCGUAUUUACAGAACCAAAUACCAGGAAUCGCAAGGAGGUAGCAUCGGAAUCGUCUUGCAUUGUGAUUGGUAUGAACCGAUCAGCAACUCUAUAGCCGAUAAGCUAGCAGCUGAAAGAGUUCAAGCCUUCACCAUUAAUUGGUUCCUAGAGCCAAUCAUAUACGGAAGAUAUCCUCAUGAAAUGCAAAACAUUCUGGGACCAACUUUACCUGAACUUUCAACCACCGAGAAGCUGAAUAAAGGGCUCGACUUCAUCGGAAUCAACCACUACAGCGGAUUCUAUGUCCAGGAUUGCAUGUUCUCCGCAUGUGAACCGGGACCAGGAACCUCAAGAACAGAAGGAUUUUGGGGACGAAGCUCAACGAAAAAUGGCAUCCCCAUAGGAGAACCUACCGACUUGGCUUGGCUGAAUGUUUAUCCCCAAGGAAUGGAGAAAAUCAUAACCUAUCUCAAGGAAAAAUACCUGAACAUACCUAUGAUCAUUACUGAAAAUGGAUAUGGUGAUAUGAAUAAAGCAGAAUCCAUCACAGAAGAACGUUUACGAGAUGUUAAAAGAGUAGAGUACAUGGCUGCAUACUUGGAUGCAUUAGCAACAGCAAUCAGGAAAGGAGCAAACGUGAAGGGUUACUUUGCCUGGUCUUUGUUGGACAACUUUGAAUGGAACAGCGGAUUUACAGUCAAGUUCGGACUUCACCAUGUCGACCAUAAGACCUUAAUGAGAAGACCGAAAUUGUCGGCUACUUGGUACAAAAAUUUCUUGACAGAGGUAAAGGAACACCAGCAAACCGGAUAUGCUAAGGAUAGCCCUGUCUAUUAUUAGUCUGCUCCUGCAUCUUUGCUCGAAUAUAGUUGUUCAUUAUAAGACUGAAGAGAAGACCAAAGUCGUCAAUUUUUACUUGGCAGAACAGAACAUUCUAAAGUCUGGGUCCAAAUUGGAUGUUUGGGUUAAUUUG